AUGUCAAGCCCCAAGACGAAAAGACCACCAGAUCUGCACCAUGCGGUCAGUGUGUUGCAAAAUAUAUCUCGUGACACACAUUUGAAGAGUCCGAAAGCAAUUGGGGAAAUUUACUUGGCAUCUCUCGCUCUUCUCUAUCAUUUGCGGUUGGAUCAAGCGACGAUUCAUAUGAUUAGAAAACAAAAUGAAGAUGCUGACAAUAUUCCCUUUCCCAAGGCAAACGCAAUACCGGCUAUGAUGACUGUCAUCCACAACCAAAAGCUUUUCCGCGCAUUGGUGUCAUGCUUGUCCUGUUCGGCUGAUGAUACAACAAACUUGACAAAGAACAAGCCACUGUUUCCAGCUUUGCAAUCUCGGAAGCGAACGCAUUCUGUUGGUGGAGAAACCCCGUCGGACAAUCCCAUGAGUGCCCCGCCACAUAAAUUUGCAAAAACAACUCUUUCGCCACAUGCUUCCAAACGGGCUAUUCGAACACCCAUUGCAAAUGCACAAAAUUCCAAUUCGACAAGACCUGAAUUCAAUGUGCGAGUUCUGGCUGCAACAAUAUUGUUUAUUUCUUUUGAACACUUGGACCAUUGGCCUGUUCCGCUGAUUCAAGCUUACGCCGACGAUUGCUUUGGACCAAGAUUGUGGGUUGACUUGCCAACUUGUGGCUUGCUAGCAGAGAACUUGGCAUUAGCUCAUCAAGAAGGUGGAAAAGUCAGCGAUUCACCGUCCCAGAACUGCUCACAGGAAGCAACGCUAGUCGCGGAGUUCUAUAAAGAUUUGAUAGUAGACUCGCACUCAGAGGACCUGAGUGAGAAAGUAUCAUCCAUCCUGUCAUCACCAUCGAAACUGGUUCGACGAGGAAGUCAUUCGUCAGUGGCUUCCAAUUUUUCGUCAGUGAGUCAGUCGAGUACUGGACUGCCGCGAAGAAAUCGAGCGUUGUCCCACGAUUCUGUCGAAAAGUCGAUCAUAAGUCCAGCUCCAUCGAUUAAUGGGGACAAAGAGUCGAACAAUCAUUCAGAUUCAGAUUCAGGAGAUGACGAGGAAAUUGCGGUCGCAACGAAUCUCACAAAGAGUACGGAUGCUACUGAAAACGAUGACGGAGCAUCUUCGUCAUCAGGGGAAGAGGACGAAGAAGAAGAAGUUGUCCUUGCUGCAACAAAGUCCUUUGAUGAGGAUCGAAACUCAUCGGGAAAAACGAUGGACCCAAAUGCCUUGAAGUUAACCUAUCCCGUCGUGCAAGAGCGACUGCGAUUCGAGAGAAUACGACAACGGUACUUUGGAACGAAUUUGGACUCUGCUCAUCAUGCCAUUGCACAUUCCCUCAAUGGUCGAUUAGACCUGAAAUCAAAGCAAAACUCUGGUCUGUUACAAUGCCUUCCUUCCUUCACAUCAAUUGCUCCAGUUCGAAGUCUCGUGGCAGGGAGUUUGGAAAAGUGGCUUCAAUCACCAGCACUCGCAGGGCUUGCCAGAAACUUGUUUUCAACCACAGUCAAGAGUAUGCAGAACGCCGAGCCUCCGCUUGCCGACGAUUUGGAAGCCAUUGGUUGUAUUUUGUCGAUGAGGUUGAAAUCCAAUCAGCUCAAUGCGCAUGUGGAAAACGUGACCGCAAUUGCAAAGCUCAUACCCACACGUACUGUAGCUGAUCACAUCUAUAGCAAUCUACUGAGACAAAUUCUCCGUUCUGUGGAUACAUCAGAAUCAUAUUCCAAUCAAUUGAAGAUGAUCCAGGCAGUUUACACUUCUUUGCCGCAAAAACUGUCGUCCGAUGCGAUGGCUUCUUCUCUGCACAGAAUCAUAGUCGAACAAAAUGACUCGAACACAACCAAUUCAACACCGCUAAUCAAUAAAGUCCGCGAUGUAGUUCGGGCUAUUGCAACAGAACUUGGUUCGGCUUUCGACGGUUGCAAUUUGCUGUCGUCACUUGUAGCUGAACAAGUUCCAACUGAAUCGAUCACAAUGCAGGAUCUUGGAAACAAAGCUCGAAUUCUGUUUCAAUGUGCUACGUUACUACCAAAAAAUUAUGAAUCAGCCAGAAAGUCGACGUCGGCAAACGGGAUGGAUGUUGAUGAUGACGAAGCGGACAAAUCUUUGGCCCAAACAAUCUCUGAUGCACGGCAUUUGCUUCUUAAAUGGUGCUGCCGGGAGUUCGCUCCUCACAUCAAGGAGACGAAGGUCAAGCUGGAGAAAGAAGAGAUCGCAGGUGCUGGUCCUGCAGAUUUCACUUCGAUUUUGGAUGGAAUCAAUACGAUAAAGUUCUCGAAAUGGCUUGAUGUCGCCCGAUGUAUUCUCUUCUUGGAAGACUCAAGCUCCGAAAGGAUGAAACUGAUGCUGGCACUAAGUCCGUCGGACUGGGAGGACGAGGCCAAGAGAAUAGAUAUCUGCAGCAAAUAUGGCGCUAUUGUUGACGACGAAAUGGUCUGGACGAUCCUCAAGAGUGCCUCGUUGAAGAAGGGAGGGAUGCCAAAAUCAAUGGCACUGUCCCUGUUGGAACACUUGUUCAAUUCGUGUCGAAAUGGGGGAAAUGGUACCCUUGAUGUUCGUGAUCCAAACAUAAUUUGGGAACUUUAUCAACUUGUGGAAUACAUACCUCCGAAGACGGGACAGGCGCAGGCCUCGAAUACAAAGAAGAACGGGAAGGGAAACAGUAGCCAUGAAAUAGACUUAGAUGAUCCAAAAGUAGAAAGGGACGAAGAAAGGGGAAUCGAAGAUGCCGAGGAGAAGUCGACUAAAUCAGAAAUUCCAAAACUCGCUUAUCCAGGAAUGUGGUGGCGAGCUACGGGUCUUGCACUGAUCCUUUGUGGGAAAUCCCCAAAUGAGAUAGGUUCAGUUGCUUGGAAAGAUCAUCCCACCCUAAGAGCACUUAUGAAGAUGGUGACUUCGGAUCGUUUUCGAUUUCCUACUGUUGACUGUGAUUCCAUUGCAAGGGAGGAUAUGUUGAAAUCUGAGCAAUCUAUGCGAAGUCGAGAAGGAAAAGUGACAGAAGCGCUCUUCAGUCCACCAAAGAAGAUGCUGAAAAAGAAAAAGAAAGAUAUCACUUCGGAAGGACCUAGAGGAUCGAGAAUGUCAAGACGCCAAAAGGAUAAGCGUGAGAAACAGUUGAAGAAGCAACGCGAAAAGGAAGCCGUACAAGAAAAGGCGGAACAGAUUAGGCGGAAGAAGAUGCUUCGAGCAGCACAAAAGUCGAUCAUGCUGUGGGAUCCCCGGAAUGGAGCUAGGAAGCCACCAAAGGAAUCUGUGGAAUUGAUCUUUUCAGUUAAUGAAAUGUUUGACCUUGCAGGAGCAUUCCAGAUGAAUGUUGAACCUGAUUUUCUACUCAAGACUAUUGGCAACACAACAAGAGGAGCAAUUGAACGUGCCUACGAUUGGCUUAUCCCAAUUAUCUCCCAGAUUCCAGAUGCCAUACAACGUCUUCCUGCGAGCGCGUCUUGCUUUCUGCUGCUCCGAGCCUACGGAACAGAAGGCGAAGAGCGAGAUCAACUCCAAAUGCUUUCCGCGCCUUUACUGCUUCAUGUGCGGAAUUCCCUAACGGGCAAAUUUGGUGAAGCGGACGCGAAGAGGGCGUUCGAUUUACUUCUCACAGAUGCUUCCUUCCACAACGCUGAACGUCGUCGGAACGCUAGACGAGUGCUCAACGACGCACUUGGUGAAGAAAAAGAGAUUUCAGUAGAGACAACUUCGGCAUUUCAUGACACAAAAUAUUCCUGGAUGAUUAAGAUGAUAUCUGUCGAACAUGCCACAUGUUUCAUGGGCGAUGCUAUCAAUUUCCUAUACCGUGCUGCAUCAUUUGAGCGCGGAAGAACCCUUCGAUUUCAUGUGCUUGCCUUGGAACAACUCACAGCAUUUGCAAACAAUGCAGAGAUUCCUGGCGACUGGGAUUUUGCAGCAAUUCUUGUGAAGCUCAUUUCUAGCCGGCCGACUGUUUUGGCAGCAUCAAUGAGCUCAUUUCCUGAUCUUCGGUCCACUGCAAUCAGAAUUGUGCAUGAUGAAUUCAAUGCUAAUGUGAAAAGUCCAUCCAUAAUUGACACGGAAAAUGAUGACUCAAAUGUUGAGAUCAAAUUACACUGUGGACCUGAUACUGCCGACGACACUUCCAAAGGUGUUGUUGAUGCUGUUUUACCUCGUGCACUUCUUCAGUCAUCUUGCGUCCUGCUCAGUAUUUGGCUCGAUGAUCAGAAGGACACCGAGGAAAAUCGAGCUGUGAGAGAUCUCGUAAAAAUGUUGAUGGAGCCCCGGGAAGGUGUUUCUGAAUCUUCAUCAUUGGACGACAAGGAUGGACUCGCCAGUGCGCGUGCAGCAAACACAGGCAAAAGUGCUGUGCCGGUCGAAUCAUGGGUUAUGCUUGCAAAGUCAAGAAGUGACUUUAUUGCAAAAAGGGCAGCACUUACAGCUCCCAUUAGCUUCCUUACUCGCCUUCUGUUGUGCUCCGGGCUACCUCGUGCAUCGUUGUUAACAAUGAUUGAUCGUCUUGGAAAGGUUGGUGAAAAAGCUGAAUCCCAAGACAAGGCUUUCAAUCAGCUAUUUGCGUCGUCAGCUACAAGUGAAUGGGACAUUGGUCGUCUUGGACCUCGUCGAGAGGUCCAACGGAAGCUAUUGGGCCGUCUUUCAGCCUACUCGAGAAUGUAUGGUCUCAACAAGCUUCGCAGUGAAGAUAAUACUACCCUUACUUUCCUGAAUUGGCUGUGUGACUCGUGCAAAUCAAAUGAGAAGCAGCGAAAAUCGAAAUCGAAGAAAGCUAAGACUACAGCAUCGAAGACCCUUGGAAACCUUGAUAGGCUGAGUUCCGUUUUCGGAAAGAUAUCUAGCUUUGACUUGGCUGGGACGGAGACCCAAAUAGUGCAAAUCAAAGGCGACGCUUCCGACAUGGCGAAGUUCCGUGUUUUUGGAAGUGAAGAAAUGCCCGUUGAUAACAACACUAUAGGUGACAACAAUGUUCUGAGUUCCAUCGCGAAGGCGUUUGAAAGAAAUGAUUUGAACAAUCUGAACUCCUUGCUGGAACUUCAUUUUGAACACCACACUCCACCGACCAAGAACCGAAAGCGAAAGCGUAGCAGUAGUGAUAUCUCAAGUGUUAAGGCAGACGAAGCCUGCUAUCUACUGUUGCAAUCGUUCUGUGCAACAGAAAGAAAGACCGAGUCUCUGGCCUGCUCUAUAUUGAAAUGGGUACCGAAACUGUCAGUUCCAAGUGGAUCGCCAAAGCUAUGGCAACUCUUGUUCCAACCAGACCAGAAGCCCUACUCUAUGUGGAAGAACUUGAUUUCCCGUUGCUGCGAAUGCUGGUCUGGUCGACAUGUGGCCGAAUGUAGAGAUUGGAUUCUUGCGCAGGAAAAACCACACGAUCUGGAUCUCGAGAACUCGAUUCGGUUCUUCCUCCUUUCAUCUUCCUUGCACUCUGUUGACAUAAGUCGAUCUGGAGGAUCACUGCCAAAAGGCGGAGACACUUCCUGGGGUAGGACAGCGGAUACGGUCCUUUCAGUCACAAAGCUCGCGCUGGACUGCAUCGUGAAGAGUGAAGAUGAACUAAUGGAUAGCCGCCUUCGUAGUCGCAACGAACUUCCCGAACCUUUGAUUGUGUUGCUCUUGAUGGCGCGAUUGGGAAAGAAGCAAGUGAAUGUCAUCAGUCAGACAGUUGUAGAACGAAUGAAAGGUGCAGAUGAAAAUGCACUUUUCAGAUUUCGCGCUAUCAUUCUUCGAAUAUAUGCGUAUUUUCCACAGUCUAUGAACUUGGGCGUCGCAGUUCUUCGAUCAGUACUGAAAUCUUCAGUUGAUAGUCUCGCGAUAGAUUGGCUUUCUUGGAGGUCUCCAAUGGACGAUGAAUACCAAGACAUGCUGGGGUCAGUAGUUGGGAGUGCUGCGCCGAUUCGACUCAUCCAAGCACUUGCAGAGGCUGCAAAGAAACACCCUCUUCUUCUGCUUAGGAAAGCACCAUACCUGCAGCAAGUUUUGUCCGCUGAUGCCGUUGCCAUUGAUAUAACCGAGGGCAGUGGAAAACCUGGUGUCGUUGUCGGUCAGAAUGCCAGUGGACCACUCGAGGCAAAGAUGGAAGGUCGGCUUGUCAAGGUUUCUGUAAAGCACUGGGGCUUCAACUAUACAGAAAGCAUUUGGACGGCUUUGUUGGACAUUGUAUCAAACGCCCCAGCGGAGGUAUUGUACGGUUGCGGUCUGAAGAUGGGAAUGAAAAAUUUCCUUGAAAUCUACCUACGUCUCAUGUUUAUCCAGACACAACUUCGAACCAGCGAGCGAUUCACUAGACUAAAGCGGAAAUACGGAGAUAUGUUGAAGGCUUUUGAAAAGUCAAAUCCUGAGGAGUGGGAGCAAUGGUUGAGCGCAGAAAUUGCUGAUUUGCAUACUUUAGGAGCGGUUAGGAAUGUCCUGAUGAGUUGCGGCUUCAUUACACACCAACAAGCGAUUGAUUAUGUUAAGAAGAGCGCUCAGAAUGAAGGUAGCAAGGAGUAG